AUGUUAAGGCUAGUACUGCUGAAGCAUCCUCAGCGCCAUCCUUGGCCUUUUUUUACAACAGGGAAGAGGGCCCAGGGAGAGCUCGGGGAUGCCACACGGCAGCUCUAACAAUGGUCUUUCCGGAUACCAUGAACGGGACCAAAUUACAUUGAACCGGGAAGAUGAAGAACAACUCGGAAGACGUUUGCCGAUACUGGUUUCUGGAGGUACUGCAAGUAGAAGUAUUUUUGUUUGGUUGCACUUAGUGAACUUUGACGUUUCAUCGUGAUAAACAUGAACAUCAUGAAAUGAAUCUAUACUGGAGACCUAGCGGCUGCUGAAAUCCUCCAUAACCCUCACAAUAUGUGAGAGUCCCACUUCUAAUCAAACAACAGUCCCCCGAAUUAUCAUCGGAAAUAGGCGAAUUGCUAAAGACCAUCGACGAGACGUCUAAGUUUCUGGAAGCGAGUAUGGACGCUAGGCGCAACCAACUGUUACGUAUGGAGGUUACAUUGGACGUGGUUGCUGUAGUCUUCUCUUUCGGUGCGCUGGUCAGUGGGAUCUUCGGAAUGAACUUGAAAUUAUGGCGUUUCGUUAUAUUUCAGUAGAGAUUCAUCUUCUGGUUCUUCAUCUAUACCUACAACUCAUCUCGUCUAAUGGCAUCUGGAAUGGAAGAAACACUUGGCAUGUUUCCAGCUGUCAUUGCGCUGAUAUGCCUCGUAGGUUGUCCGAUGGCCUUAGGGUGUGCGGCUUAUUACGUCCGAAACAAGCGCCAUCGCGCAUAUCAUCGAAUCUACAAACGUCGCUGUAGCUUGUAUUAUUCCAAUUCAGUAGUGUUGUCUUCUCUCUUCAUGUCCCAUAAUGUAGAAGAUGAUCAAUAUUUUCCUGGUAUUCGUAGUUAG